AUGGAUAAAGGAGACCAGAUAUCGAGGAGUGGACACUAUAUCGGUUAUAUAUUCCUGGAGGUGACAACAUGGCGCUUUGAGAAGGAUUUGGCUACUGCUUCGCUAAAUGCUGGAAUACGACGCGGAGGCUACACUGGUCAAAUCUCAAUGGGCGCUAUUAAGAAUGAUAUUGGUGUAAAGGUAGCAGUUGGUGGGUGUGGUAGUUGUACUGGUAGUCGCGGUGCUGGAGGUAGUGUUGUGGUUGGUUGUAGUGAUGGUGGUUGUAGUGGUUGUCGUGGUGAUGGUAAUCGUGGUGGUUGUGAUAGUGGUGGUAAUGUAGGUGCUGUUGAUGACGUGAGUAGUGGCGGUGGCGGUGGUGGUGGUGGUGGUGGUGAUGGUGGCCGUGGCGACGGUGGCGGCGGUUAUGACAAUGAAGUAGUUUGUGAUAGUGGUGAUAGCGGUUAUAAUGGUGCAGUAACAUGA